CAUAUUACCAGACUUUACUUAGCUGAGAUUAGCUUGCUAACAUGCUAGCCUAGAAGAGCAGCUAACAUUAGCUAUCAAAUUCGCUUAGCGUUCAGAAAGCAGACGUAGCUAGUUUAUAGGUUAAAAGUCAGUGGUGUGGAAAUUUGGUAAUGUUAGCGUUUCAUGAGUCUCAAUGGAUACUUCUUUAGUAAUGUUUGUUACUGACAGAAUGUAACGUUAACGUUACAGAAGUUAACGUUACUUAAUACAAAUGUUAACCAACCUAGCGACUUAGCUAGCUACGUAGUUACAGCAUUGAAGGGUAUUAACGAUUUACAAACCUUUAAUGUUGACAUUAGUGUGGAUUCAGUUGCUUCAAAGCAAUCUCUAGCAUCUCUGUAAAAGGUAUUACGUUGUCACUGAGCACAAAUGCAACAAAUGCUCAAAUAGAUGGCCUUUAAUCUUAGUAACAUGUGGAUAAUGACUAAACUAUUUGAAAGAAAAUGUAUUGCCGAAUACCAACAUGAAAUAGUUUGUACGACAGAUAAAAUACUAGUCGUAUUUGCCUGUGGGAUUCAUUGUAGUUGUUUUGAUGCGUCCAAACACUCUUACAUUAUGCAAAUUGAUGCUUUUUUUUACGGCCAUGCAUGCGGCUCUCCCUUGUUGAUGGCAUUUGGUUAUACAUUUUCAUGGCUUGUAUGUAUGGUAUGGGCUUUUGAUUUCCAAAUUAAAUGUGCGGUUGUCUAUCUACUUGCCUGUGUACUAGUAACUCAAUAAUGCGUCAGGUACGGGAAAAGACGUUUUUUCCCACGGUCAAACACACUCUAGAACUGGCUCUCAUUUCUUGAUGGCAUUUAGUCAUAGCUAAUACUUUCAUGACUCGUGUUAAGGGUUCUAUGGAUUUGCACAUGAAAUGUGUCCUUUAACUGCUCUGCUGAGUUGUUGUAUUCGAAGCUGAUUUGUAUAUUAGUAACACAAGUAUGCGUUGCAGGCUUCAUAGCUGUCAGUUUCCGCUGUUGAGUGCUGUUAAGUGCGGAGUCCACACUUGACACGGUGGUGAACUGAUCAGGGAUCGAUUCAUGAUGACUGAUAGAUCAACAAAGCCUUUGUGAUGUAGUCUAAAGUGGGUUAGCUACAUCAAAGAAAGGAACGAGCGGUUGGAGUUCAAGAAAUUGUCUGAUCCUCUGUUUUCAUUGGAAAGGCAUGGCUGCUGUUCUUGGUAACAGUCCUAAUCUUCCGCUCCUCCGCAGCCUCCUUGCGUUGGCCCCAAGUUGGUCCCCUCCCUCAUAUGCUGUGUACGUGCGGAAUGCGAUAGCAAUGGUGGCGGCUGCCCUGGUUGCGUCACAGCUGAUGACGUCGCAGUGAGCCGUGGAUUGUCGACAGAUAAAAUCAUGAAAGCAAACGACUGAUGUUCAGUGUUUUGCUUUGUGAAGAGGUGGCGACAAAACAAGAUUCACAGUAUUCACUGAACGUUAUUACUUGCAACAAGACGAGGAUGCCUGGUGAGGAGAGGGAGAAGAGUGCCCUAAAGCAGUGCACGCACGCUCGUGCCCAAUUGGAGGAUGCCAUCGCCGGGGUGAUGAAGGCCGAGGCCCAUCUCAGAGACAACUCCAGAGAGGUGAAGUCUCAGCUGCACACCUGUAUCAGCCGUCACCUGGAGUUCCUGCGCUCUCGUGAGGUGUGGCUGAGGGAGCAGAUCGACCUGGUGGAGCAGCUCAAGGCUGAGACCCUGCAGAACCAACUACAGCAGCUCUACUGGCUUCGGGGACAGUUUGACAUCCUGAUCCACCAGCUGGAGAACUCCCACAACAACCACGACCUGGCAAACCAGCUGACCAGCUGCCUGGAGAAGUUGUCAUCUCUGAACUUGAGUCCAGAGGAGACCCCUGAGAUGAGCUUUCAGGCAGACGCUCGAUCCCUGCGCCAGGCCAUCACCUCAUUUGGGACCAUCAACACACAGGAAGAGGAGUCAGUUGUCUCCUCUCCCCCCACACAGAGGCCCAUGUCUUUGGAGAGGCCCUGGUUGCAGCAGAACUGCCCCGUGGCUGCCAAGAAGCAGAAGGUGGAGUCAGAGUGCAGCACACCACUAGCUGACUGGCUCCUGGGAAACAGGCCAGUGACAAAUGCCCCCAUUGGAUACCAGUUCAGCAAGAACACCCAGGAUUGGCUGAUUGCCCCCAAAGAGCAGCCCCAGCAGCCCAGCCACCCCCUGACCCCCUUCGACUUCCAGAAAGCCUGGGGUCAGCUCAAGGACCUGGAGGCGUGGCUUCUCCGGGAGAAAGCACCAAUGAGAGAGCGCGCCAACAGCAGCUCCAGCUCCACCUCCACCUUCUCCAUCGAGAAGAUCGACGAGUCCGACUUCCUCAUGACCGGCGACGAGGAAGAGGACGACACCGAGACCAAAACCGGCCGGGGUGGCUUCGCCGCCGCCUCCGAGGAGCUUGCCGAUUGGCUCAUCAUGUCCGCUCCCGUGGAGGCGGGCGUGACCGAUGCGGACCGCUGGAAGGCGGUGUUCAAGCCGUUCCAGGAGAGCUUCUCCUCUAGCGAGUGGCUUCCUGGCUCCGCCGCUGACUGCGGGUCCUGCUGCGGCGGCGCUACGCACACGCCCACUAUCGAGAUCGAGAACCUGGGCAACCUCAAAUGCCUGAAGACCCCGCCCUCCUCCGGCAACACCACUCCCGCCGCCACAACCCCUGUCGCCGUGCCGACCCCCGCCUCCCCCGUGGAGCUGUGGCUGCAGCGGGCCUCGAGCGCGCAGGUGGAGCAGGCGUGCCGCGCCAACGAGCCCUGCGCCACCUUCGCCCAGUGCGCCUGCGACGACAACUGCGGCAAGGAGGCGCUGGCCGCCUGGCUGCUGAAGAAGGAGGGCCGCGACAAGAACGGCGUGCCCAUGGAGAGGAGCGAGAAGAGCGAGAGGAGCGAUCUCUACCAGCAGCAGGAGCACAAGGUCCAGGCCAUCCUGCAGGCCUGGCUGCACCCUGGGAAAAGCGGGGCGGCGUCCAGCCCCACAGCGUCCCUCUCUAACUGGGUGAUUCCGCACACACCCGCCCCCUCCACCGCCUCCAGCCAGGAGGAGAAGGCCAGCAGGGAGGAGCGCAGCUCGCACUUUAAAGCCCCCGAAACAGAGAGCCCCUUCCAGACCCCCCUCAAGCCAGAGGCCUGGGUGCUGCCAGAGAAAAUGAGCACCCCCACACCUAGUCCCACAGCCCCCCCACAGACACAGGACGCCCCCAGCAGCCCCGACAUGGAGGAGGACAAGUGGCUGCUGCGCAAGAGGGCCCAGGCACAGGAGCGGCUGGCCCUACCCACAGUAUGUGACCUAUUCUCAUGUAUGAAGCUCAGUGGAGACAAAGAGAAAUGGCUUCAUAAAGCACCGAUACAGAUGUGAAAACAUCAGAUUAGCUUCUGAGAGUUUAUUUUUAUUCGUAUUCCUCCGCUGAUGUUCGGAGGAGCCACUGAAUUGCUGACCGCUGAAUCGCACAGACGCAACAUUCUGCCAUCUUUUCUGGCCUUCCAUCCCCACUGCUGUAUGUGGGGGGGGGAUCCUGCUUCAUCUCUCCGUCUCUCCAGUCGCCCCGUGACCUAUGUCCCUCAAGCCCAAAUCUGCCACUGGUCUCAGGCUGUGAUUGGCUGUCUGAUUUAACAUGCAAGCCUGUUGCAUCAUGGGAACUCUGCCUCUCCUGUUCUCUCUGCCUCUUUGUGUGUGUGUGUGUUUUUUUUUUUUUUUUUUUCCUUUUUUUUUUUCUUUUAGGUAAUGAUAUGAGGUGGGAGUUUGGUUUAAGGCCCCUAGUCUUCUGCCAUUUCAUUGGAUGAAAUGUUUCUCUGUCUGAGGGUGAAGAUGAAGGGCAGGGAGGGGGAGGGGAGCUUUGGUAAGGAGAGGGUUGAGGGGAUGGAGGGGUGCUUUGGUAAGGAGAGGGUCAAGGAGGAGAAAAGAAAUCUAUUUAUUUUACUCUUACCCAGAGGACACUAAGGCAGAAGGAGUUGUGCCACACUCACUCACUUGAGUUAGUACCAUCCCAGGAUUUUAUUUUUGUAUUCCCCAUUUUAGUGUUUUUAUUGACUGCAACCCCAAACUCUCUCAUUUGAUUAUUUCCAGUACCUCUCUCAUUAGUCUACAGGACUAUGCUAUGAAGCUGAUCUGCCAGUUGUAAUGCUUAUGAAAUUAAGACAUCAUAUGCUGCUGCUGCUAAUUAGUUAAGCUCCAUAAUGAGGUGUUGUGUUCUAGCAAGUAGGUAGGAAUCAAACCAGACCAUAUGCAUUGUAAUGCCACACAUACGCACAAAUAGAAACAUACACUGAACUCUUACAUAUGUGCCUGUUAGUAGUUGCAUUGCUUUGAGUGACUGAUAAAAGGUGUGCAAGUUAUGUCUUUCUAGAGUGGAACAGUCAAAAACAUGAUUCUAUCAUUCUGGCUGUUUUGUGUACACACACGUGAGUGGGCCGUGUCUGUUUUUUUUUUUUUUCGUUUUUCUUUGGACUUUCUACCAUCAGAUGCUUGGCUCAGUGUUUUUUUUUUUUUCUUCCAAUGGGGCAAACGUCCACCACAUAAUCUAGUACUUAUCAAAUUGAAAAUGUGUAUCAUUAACCACUGAUAUUUCUAUCUGUGCUUUAUACCUUUCACGUAGGCCUCUAUAACACCUGACCAUUAGAUAUUUAAACAGUAGUUAUUUGAGCAACUCUUCAUGCACACAGAAUCUGGAGGGCUUAAGCGCACAUUUAGGUUCUGCAGCGACCUUUAGAGUUAAUGUUCGUUAGAGACCUGGACUUGGUAACUCGGGGAAACAGAAAGGCAAGUGCUUGUACAGCUGUCUGUCUGCGUCCAGCACUCUUGGACCAGUGAAGAGCAGUGUGAACGCUAACCACAGCCUUGUAUCGUGUGUGUGUCUCUCUCUCUGUGGCGACACCUGUGGACAGGUGUGAGUCAGGUGUGGAUACCUGAGGUGAGUUCGGUCCCCCAAGCCCUCUGUUCUGGAGUGUGGCACUAAACGCAUCCUCAGUGGUGCAGCAUAUAAACCUAUCGGCUCUCUUUCUUUUUAUUUUCUGUUUCCCCCCUCACACCUGUACCCUACCCAACUCAUAAUAAAAAACAACUUAAACUGGA